AACAAGUAGAAGAAAAGUCUAAAUAACGGUGUUUAAUGCAUUAAUUGUCAAGUGGAGAAUUUAAAACAAUUUAAUAUUUGCCAUGUCACAACCCUGUUCCGGGAAAGCUAACAACGGCUACAUUGUGUUGGAAUUAAAGAGCAACAUUACCAUAGUGACCAUAUGUAAAAUGAAGUUUUGUUGUUACGUUAUCUAUUUUGAUUUUAAAUCACUAAUCAACCGCCAAGACGCAUAUCAGAAGCAAAUUUGUUGAGGAUCACUUUGACUGAUGUCCAGGUAGGAGGCCAAAUCUACAAGCAGAGAUAAAUGUCUUCGCCCGCUCAAGCCGACGAAGAUGAGGUGGAAGAAGUGGAGUUUAUAUCAGAGGGUCCACUCAGACCAGUAUUGGAAUGUAUCGAUCUACUGAGUGACAGUGAGGAUGAGGGAUGUUCAGGCACUAUUGAAGAUAAAAUCGCCUGUCAAAAGAGGCGUGUUUCAUCCACUUUGGACAGACUAGCACAUCAGGUGGCUCUAGAGAAGAAAGAAAGAGCAAAUAAAUGUAAAGCAUUUAAGGAGAAGCAAAUCCUACAAAAAGCUCAUGGACAGCAGGAGUUGGCUUUUAGUCCUGCCAAUGGAGUGAAUCGGGAAGCUAAGCACUGUGUAGACAUGUGGUUAAAGAUGCCAGGUGUGAAACCUGGAAUGAUCAGUACUGGUUUUAAUUUUAGAAGAAGACACAGAGAACCCACUUUCCCUAGAGAGAGUUCAACAAAACACAGCUGUCCAGUGAUUAACUGUGGUCGAGUUUUCGAUAAUGUGUCCCUCCUGGGCGGGCACUUAAAAAGGUUUGAUCACUCUCCCUGUGACCCAACCAUCACUCUUAAAGGAAGUCCACCUGAGCUGUUUGCAUGUGUUGCCUGUGGUAAACAUUUCCAGACUAAAGAAGCAUGGAAGAAUCAUCUGCAGUCUAAGAUAUCCUCAUCUACCCCUGAUGAUCACAGCAUCAAUCAGAUUUAUCAGCGGAUUGUGUGUUUUGCCUGUCCCGCCUGCUACCUGCUUUUCAACAUCCGAGAUGAGUGCCUUCAGCACAUGUCAGCUAAAAACCAUUUCACAGAGUCACUCGCCAUGAAUGAAACUACCAGAAGAGCAGUGCCGGUACCAAUUCCCCAGUACGUGAAGAACUGCCUCAUUGCUUUGUGCAAUGAUACAAUGUUUAAUGUCAGAUGCUCUCUAUGUUUCAAAGUACUGACUUCACAUCAGGCAGCACAAGCUCACUUUAACGUUCACUGCAGACAGGGCUGUGCUGUAGCCAAGGCUGAUAAAACCAUAGCUCAGGUAAUGAAACAGCUACAAGUGCUAGGGCAGUGCUCCACAUGCUGUAAACUCUUUUUCAGCCAAGCUGAAAUUGAGAGGCAUAAAGAGUUGACCCAGCAUGAUGUGGAGGUCAACCAAACAAUGGAGAAAGCAGUCCUUCAACACUGCAGGUUUAGUGAAAUUCAACACAGACAGAAAACUGAAGACACCCAGGGGAAAAGACAGUCUACUGGCCUUGAAACAUCGUUCCAGAAAAGAAACAAGAAGGGGAGCCAUGAUGAAGAAUUUCCAGCCAAACGGCAGAAACUGAGCAUCAGUGUGAACAGCAGUACUACAACAUUAUGGUACUGCGAGUGUGGUCAACAUUUUCCUGAGGAGGCUGCAGCCAGUAAGCAUUUGUUGGCUGCAAACCAGAUUUUCCAUCAGUGUGGAGUGUGUGGCAAACACAUGGGUGAAUCCUCUAUAGCCCGCCUGCACAUGAGUCGCUUUCACGGAGGAGCUCAUCUCUCUAAUUUUCUCUUCUUUUGCCGCAAGUGCAAAUUGACAAAGCCUCGGUACCCAGAUAUCUUGUCUCAUUUGUCAGAAGCUCAUAGUGGUCACACCUAUUACACUGAACAAGAAGUGCCAGAGGAGGUGGCUGGAGUCAUAGAUGCCAAGCCAUCGACGAGCAGUAAAGUUGUUUCUUGUUCAUCCUCAAAGUCCACAGUCCAGCAGAAUACAGAAGAGAUGUCUUCAUUAACGGCACGUCAGACCUGGAUGUGCAGAAUGUGUGAGGAUGUCUUUGACUCAGAAGCAGACGUCCACAAACACUGCAGCGACGUGAACAGUCACAGCUACCAGAAAUUCAUCUGUGGACACUGCCCACAAAAGUUUUUCAAGGAGUCCACUGUACGCAGACACUGCAUGAACGAGCACAACGGCGAGUUGAAGAGUUUCCACUUCUGCGGCCUCUGUGACAGCAUGCAGUUUGACUCUAAUGUAGAGUUCUUGGAGCAUUACAAGAGUCUUCACAGUAAGGACUACUACUGUAUGAACGAUGCUGAAGUUGAGCAGCCUACUGCUGCUGAAAGCAUCAGCCAGCUGACGUGCCCAUGCAUGGGUACAGAACAAAGCAAAGGGGAAAGGAAAGCUAUGUACACACAGUGCAUGAGGAAUCUGUCUGCCAAGGGAAAAUGUCAGUUUGUGUGUGAUCACUGCAGUGUGUCCAUGCCUUCCUACCCACAGAUGAAAACUCACAUCCACACACAACAUCCAGAUUUUAGCCUGGCAAAGACCUUUGACGUACAAUGCAAAACCUGCCAGGAGACGUUUCCAGAUGUACCAAGUUUCCAUAAACACCAUCACACCAAACACUGUACACUGGAGCCGUGCAGGACAAUGUCCACGACCUGCAGGAAAGGCGUGAAAGAAGAACCGAGCACUGUUAACAUACUUGAUGCUGUUGAGAUCAAGCCAGGCACCAAUGAUGUUGAAGACGAGGUGCUAGAGAAGGUCUUGAAGAUAGAUCAGGCCAACAAGAAGACUGAAGAGCAUGAACAUGACUCUGAGGAAGAGAUGAACUAUGCAUUGUCUGUGAGUGCAGAAGAAGCAAGAGAGUCAGCGAGAGAGUCAGCAGACUUAGAAGAAGCACUUAAAAGAAGUCUCUUGGAGUUUUAAGGCCGUGAUAACGUCUUAUUUUCAUCCAUUAAACUGACAUGUUUUGUACCAAGUGUUUGUGUUCAGAAUAUUCUAAAUAAAUAUUAGUUACUCAUUA